GCGAAGAGAAUCAGUUGUCGCACUUGCAGUGCCACGAGCAGUUCAAACAGCUCAUCCAGGACCUGUUCGUGGCCCACCUGGUGGAGGUCUCAGUGAUGCCGGAAGAGUUUGAGAGUUUCUGCUCGGCGGGCCUGGGCGGGGACCAGCAGCUGCAUCGGGUGCUGGUGGAGCAGCUGCUCAGCGUGGAUGAUUUCCUGACGUUCAAGGCCAUGAUGGCGAGACACAACGCGGAACUGUGCCGCGAGGUAGUCACCUUCGAGUGUUGCGACGACGAUCUGGACUUCAACGGAACUUUGUCACCAACGCGCGGCAUGGCAAACAUCGUUGUGGCGAAUUCCAUCAACGAGGGGAUCGAGAUGAGCAACAACGAAUGGCAAAUGUACGAGGAUCAGCAGUUCAAGUCGACCCUGAAGGCGGGCAGCCUCGCGGGCACGAUGCGGGGGGGGGCCAGCUUGAUGGGCACCAUGAACUCGUUCGGGGGCACCAUGAAUCUCGGAGUGUCCCAGAACCUGAACUUGGGUGGCACCAUCGACAGCACCUACGGCGGCGGCGCCUUCGGCGGCACACUGGUCAGCAGCCUCGGCGGAACGAUGACCAGCCAGCUGGGGGCUGAGAUGGCUGGCGACCUGGUCUCCGGCAUGGUAUCCAACCUCGACCUCAUGUGCGAGGAGGCCCGCCUCGAGGCCAGCAUCGCCCUGCGCCUGCAGCUCGAGGAGGAGCGGCUCCAGCAGGUGCAGGCCUGCGCCCCGCCGGCGCAGCUGCCCGCCGCGGUGGGGCACAUCUCGGCGCCCCUGACGGCCGUGCCGCCGAGGAUCAAGGAGGGGCUCGGCGCCGCGAGCGGGCCGCAGGACGGGGCCCAGGUGAUCGAAGUCCCCCGGAUCGUGCAGGUCGCGCCGAUGCAGCCGCGGCCGUGGGGGUUCACGUCGGCGCCGCUCGUGCGGCUGCCGUCGAAGGUCGAGGCUGGUGCGCCCGCCGCUGUUGCCGCGGCUCCCGGGCCGGUCGCG